UUAAGAAGAUGGCAGCUUUAGUGGUUAAGGGAGACAAAUAUCGUUCUCUCCUCCAUGGAGAAGAAGAGAAGAAUACCAAAUGGAGAUUUGGUACCCUUCCUAAUUACAAUACUGUCAACAAACUCUUUGAAGAAGGCAGAACCAAGGUAUGGCCUGCCGGAUCACUUGAAGAAAAGGUGCAGAACCUUGCCAAGUCAUGGGAAAUGGAAAUGAUCCAUAAGACUCGUAUUGAAGACUUCAAGACAAUUGAUCAAAACAAGUUUACUUUCAGCCUGAAUGGGAGGAAACCUCAAACUAUGGAAGAAAUACUUAAGCUUAAUGGAGGAUAUGACCUACACUGGCAAACUUCUUUGCCCAAGGAGUUAAGGGGUUACAACCCAACUGAUGAUGAAACUGCAGUUUCAUAUUUGAAGACUUUCUCAACAACAUUCCCAAGAGGGUUUGCUUUAGAGGUUCUCCAAGUUUAUAGUGGACCUCCAGUUAUUGCUUAUAAGUUCAGGCACUGGGGUUACAUGGAAGGCCCUUUUAGAGGACAUGCUGCAACUAGGGAACUGAUAGAGCUCUUUGGCAUGGCCAUUUUUGAGGUGAAUGAGGAGAUGAAAAUUGUGAAGGUGGAGUUCUUUUACGACCAUGGAGAAUUGCUUGCUGGUCUCCUCAAGGGUGCCAAAAUUCAUGGCUCGGCUAAAGAAGCAACCGCAACUUUAAGCUGCCCUGUGCUCAGCCACAUUGGCUGAUGUUGCCUUGUCAACUUUCAUAUGCAACAAAAAUAAAUAAAGGAAAAUCUUAACUAUGUGCUCAUGAGUUAAAGUGAAUUUAUAAUAGCAAAUCAUACAAAAAGAUGAAAUUCAGUAAAAUUUUGUCUUUUGUAAAGUCCGUGGUAUUACAUAUUCACUUUAAUAUG